AGCAAAGAAGAAGACGAGCAGAAACAACAAGAAGAAGAAGAAUAGCCAAUGGCAGCCUCGGAAAGGAAAAUGAAAGUAACCUCAGUUUGUUGAAAAGGUGAGGAAUUCCUCUUAAUAAACUACAAAUUCAUAUUUCAAUUAUUGCAUGUAACUGAGCUGUUUAAAUGCAAACCCCAAAAUUUUAAUAUUUUAUUCAUUUUAGCCAUCAGCCGCCUCCGCGCGAGCUGCAGUCACCGUUAGCUUUAAAUGUAACGUUAGCUUAAACCGGGAACGAUCUCUGCGCAAAAAUCAGGUUUUAAAUUAAUUAAUUAAAGGAGAAAGCCAGGAAAUAUCCCAUAUAUAUUCGACCCAAACUGUGUGACAUUGUAGGUCUGUAAUGCACAGCUUGAAACAUGAAUAUAAAGCUCACAUCAUUUCGCAUAAGAAGCUGUUAGCCCGGCUGCGUUAGUCUGUGAAACGGACUCCGCUCAGAAAUAUAAAAAAUUUGUCACAUCAGUAUUAAUCCGUGUUUUUGUGGAAGUUAUUAUGAGAAAAUUACAUCAGUUAGUUUUAUAGUUUUUACUCUUAUAUUCGGCCCCUCUCUUACAAACACAGAGAUGAUUUUCGACCAUUAAAACACGCCAGAUGUACAAUAAAAAUCCAGAAAUGUUUCCUCCAGUCUGGUCCUGAGCCUGUGAUCACAUCAGUCACUCGGAAACAUACUGCAGAUCUAAGGUCGAUCACAGUCGUUCCUACUUUGACUAAAUUAAAACCUGUUUAUUUUAGAUGUACAUGAAUAUAAACUCUGUCAGUUUGUAAAAUAAAACAGCAUGUGGUUGUUAACAUCUGCAGCAUUUUGUACAGGCUGUUCCAUCAUGGCAAAAAAACAAAAAACAAAAUAAACAAUCAUGUUUAUUUUGAUUAAUAUUAGAAUUACAUGUGAUUACCCAUGAAUUAACAUCUAACUCCAACCCAUUUAUGUAAAUAAGAAUUUCUUUAAACUAAAAAAAAAAAUGUAAUUCUUUAAUAAAAAAAACCAAUAUAGUUUAAUAAACUACCUACAUUUUUUGGUUACUAAAGCAUGUCUGUCUGUCUAACUGGAAAAUAAAAAUGUUACAAAAGUCAAAUGUACAACCAUUAGAUCUUUGGCUUAAAGGGAUAUUCCGGCGUAAAAUUAAUUUAGGGUCAAACACACAGUAAUACCGAGUUAGACACCCUCUCGAGAGAUGAAUGUUGCCGACCGCUUGCUUCUCUAGUUAUACCAACUUUAGUAACGACCGCACGAUAGCGAUACACAACGGUCUGAGGCGCCAUAAACAAACCUCAACCAAAACGCCACUUUAUAGCCACAAAUAAUACCCAGAACAGCACAUAACUUCAUCAACAGUACAUAUAGGGUCCCCGUCACCAAACAUCUUUUUAACUUUGCCUAAUUUCUUAGGCAAGUCGCUGAUCCCGGGGCAGCCUGCAGUUUCUGCACACCAGCAGGUGUACACAGGAGGACUUGUUGACUUGAGCACAGACGCAGCACAGAUAGGGUCAGACUUCAGAUGGCGGGGUUCCUGGAUAACUUCCGCUGGCCUGAAUGGGAAUGCAUCGACUGGGGGGAGAGGAGGAAUGCCGUGGCAUCUAUCGUAGCUGGAGUUCUGGUCAGUGAGUCUGUAGAUGAAGAUGUCCAGUACCUUCAGAGCAGCGCUGACUGUCAAAUUUACCAACAUCCUCUCUGUCUUCAGUUCUUCACAGGCUGGUGGAUCAUGAUUGAUGCAGCAGUGACCUACCCUUCACAGGAACAGAUGAACCACGCCUUCCACACCUGUGGCGUCUUCUCCACUAUAGCAUUCUUCAUGUAUGUCCACACCCUGACUAGCAUGAGUGUUAUUUAUAAAAUCCUAAACUUGGGCACAGAGAAAGUUUCACUGAGGCAGUAAAUCACAGUCAUGUUCUUGCUGAGUGUAACUGUGUGUGUGUGUUUUCAGGAUCAAUGCUGUCUCUAACGGCCAGGUGAGAGGAGACACGUAUGGAGAGGGCUGUCUGGGAAGGACAGGUGUGUGUGACUCUGUAAUGUUUGGAGAUCAUACCUGAGUUUGUUGUUUCUGAUAGAGUGAAGCUCAGUGAGUAUCAUGGCUGACUGGGAUCAUAAUGACAUGGUGACGUAAUGCUUAUAAUACUAUGAAUUAUAGUGUUGUGGUGAUGAUGAUGUAAUGAUUAUAAUGCUAUUGUGGUGAUUACAUCAUGAGGAUGUUAAUAUUGGUGUCGUUCAUCCUUCCAGGCGCUCGUCUCUGGCUGUUUAUCGGCUUCAUGAUGAUGUUUGGCUCGCUCAUCGCUUCAAUCUGGAUCUUGUUUGGAGGAUAUGUGGUGCCAAGUGCGUCUAUAACUGCUCUAUAAUUAGUGUGUGACUGACUGAGUGUGUGUGUGUGAGUGUGAGUAUUUGUGUAAAUGUGUGUCUAAAGGGGAGUCUGUGUAAAACAUUGUUCGGUCUGAUAGUUGUGUGCAUGUAUGACGAAUCUGACUGUUGUUACUGACUGUUGUGGCUGCGGUUGAUUCUCUCACUGUGUUUGUUUUUCUGACUGUUGUUAGUCUGACUGAUUGUUUUGGGCUGUUGUUAAAUUGACUGUUGUUAAUCUGACUGUGGUUGUGUUUGACUGUUGUUAAUUUGACUGUAGUUGUUUGUGCCUGAUGUAAAUCUGAUUGAUGUUAAUCUGACUGGUUGUAUCUGAUUGAUGUUAAUCUGAGUGUAGUUGUGUCUGACUAAUGCUAAUCUGACUGUAGUUGUGUCUGACUAAUGCUAAUCUGAGUGUGGUUGUGUCUGACUGAUGCUAAUCUGAGUGUACUUGUGUCUGACUAAUACUAAUCUGAGUGUGGUUGUGUCUGACUAAUGCUAAUCUGACUGUGGUUGUGUCUGACUAAUGCUAAUCUGAGUGAUGUUGUGUCUGACUGAUAUUAAUCUGAGUGUAGUUGUGUCUGACUGUUGCUAAUCUGAGUGUGGUUGUAUCUGACUGCUGUUAAUCUGACAGUGGUUGUUUGUGUCUGACAGUUUUUAAUCUGACUGUGGCUUUGUCUGACUGAUGUUAAUCUGACUGUUAUUGUGUUUUAUGUCAAUUUGACUGUGGUUGCGUCUGACUGUUUUUAAUCUGAGUGUGAUUGUUUCUGACUGCUGUUAAUUUGAGUGCGAUUGUUUCCAUUUGAUGUUAAUCUGACUGUGAUUGUGUCUGACUGACUAUAAUCUGAUUUUGGUUGUGUCUGACUGUUGUUAAUGUGACUUUUCAUUUGUUUGACUUUUGUUAAUCUGAUUUUGGUUGUUUGUGUCUGACUUUAUUAAUCUGACUGUUGAUCUAAUUUGUAGAAAAAGAGGUGGCUCCUGGUCUGGCUGUAUUCUUCCAAAAUGCGUUCAUCUUUUUCAGGUGAGUUCAGUCAGACUGUUGUCAUUCUGAUCACUCUGAUCUCCAUGGUAACCAAACAAACUGAUGAUGCUAAAACAAUUCUUCUGUCUUUUUGCAGCACACUCGUCUACAAGUUCGGACGCACCGAAGAUCUCUGGGGGUAGAGUGUGUCUGAACACACACCUACGCACACACACACACACACCAACAGCGAUUGUGUGUGUGUGUGUGUGUGUGUGUGUGUGUGUGUUUUAGUGGGUCUCUUCUGCUGUAAAAAUAUUUCAGUUUUUGUUUAAAUUGUACCUGUGCUGUUUAAAUAAGAGUUUUUUGUUUGUAAUGUAGUUUCAGGUGUUUAGGUGUGUUCAGGUAUGUUUCAGGUGUGUUCAGGUGAUACAGUGUACCGUCACUGUAGAGAAUCUGCUGCUGAAAAUGUUUGACACAAGCACUGGAUGAUUGUGUUUCUGAAGACGGGUGAGCGUGUGUGUGUGAUACCUGUGAACAUGUGUGUUUGAGGGUGUGUGUAUGAGAGAGAGAGAUGAGAGAGCGUGUUUUUAAUCUGUUUUUACUGAACUGUCUCCGGAUGUAAAAACUUUUUCCUGCUCAGAUUUUAUUUAGUUCCCAGUAUUUUAGGAAAGAUAAGGUACAGUGCUGCAGACUGCUGUAGUUUCAGUGUUAUUUUUUCCACCAUGUUUUUACCUGUAGUCACACGAUCAAAUGUUUGAUUUUUAGACUUGUAUCACAAUGUUUUGACCUGCAUGGAGGAAAUAAGAGGGACGAAGAUGAGGGCGAUUCAGGGUUUACAUCCUGACAUCUCUGUGAACUUCUAUCAGACCUGUACAGAACUGAUAACAUGAGAAAUAAAAGAACAGGUUUUGUUGAAAA